AUGGGCGAACAGUCAAGAUUUCUAUCCUAAAAUCCACCAAAUCUCUGUACCCGGUGGAACAAUUUCUCUCACACACAGUCUGCACGGCGGACGGAGCGUUUCAGAUAACGGCAGACACGGCGGCGCCACCAUGGAAAAGCUUAUCCACAACCCCAACCACCAUAUCCUUUCGAAGCAUCAGCUCUACCUAAAGCCCCGUCCAUUUCUUCCCCAACUCGCCCGAUUCCAAACCACUAAACUCUUCAAUCUCUCCCACUACACCCUCCGAGUCAACUCAAUCUCUUGCAAACAUGAACAGAAUCCGUCAUUUAAUUCUUCAUCGCCAGUCAUCAAAACGCCAGAAACAGAUUUGUCUUUUUCGGAAAAUAAGGGUUCUGUUAUGCCCAAACCCCAUUUCCUGCAGCAAUUGUCGCAGACAUUUUCUCAUCAACAGAAGGCGGUUAUCACGGGAUCAAUAAUUCUACUCUCGGCUCUAAUCUUCACAAUCCAACCACUUUUCAUCUCACCCGCACUCGCCUCCUUCCAAACCGCAACCAAAACCGGCUCCAACCCACUCAUCCGAAGUGAGCUCCUAUCAAGCGCGUGGACCGGUUUCUUCGCCGGUUGCCUCCACACCUUAUCCGGUCCCGACCACCUCGCCGCCCUCGCCCCGCUCUCAAUCGGCCGGUCCCGCGUCGAGAGCGCGCUUGUCGGCGCGCUCUGGGGCUGCGGGCACGAUGCCGGGCAGGUCAUCUUCGGCCUCCUCUUCCUCCUCCUCAAAGACCGCCUCCAUAUCGAAAUCAUACGCACUUGGGGGACGCGAGUUGUCGGUUUUACCCUUCUAGUCAUCGGAGCCAUGGGAAUCCGUGAAGCCUCCGAAGCAGCGGUCCCCACGCCAUGUGUCGCUUUGGAAAACGGAGAAUGUGAUGUUAGUGUUUAUGACUUACCGGAGCCCACGAAGAAAAAGAAAAUUGGAUUUGCGACGUUUGCAACGGGUAUUAUCCACGGGUUGCAACCGGACGCGCUUAUGAUGGUUUUGCCUGCGCUCGCACUUCCGUCCCGCGUGGCGGGGGCCGCGUUUUUGGGGAUGUUUUUGGUGGGGACGGUUAUCGCGAUGGGGAGUUAUACGGUGUUUAUCGGGUCGUGUAGUCAAGCGUUGAAGGAUCGGAUCCCGAGGAUUACGGAAAAGCUGACGUGGAUUUCGUCUUUAGUGGCGAUUGCGUUAGGGGUUGGGAUUAUUGUUAGUCAGUUUUUUGGGUUUAGUUUGUAUUGAUUUUUGGGGGUUUUGCGAUGUUUAGGGGGGAUUUUUAUGGACCUUUUUUUUUAUGAGAAUUGAGAAGCAUAUUGUUUGAUAUAUUUGCGAUAGUACCUCGUGC